UGUGCGCAGCUGUCUGCGCGCCACCCCUCCAUCCAGCCAAGACGCGCGUCUCCCGCUCGGUCACAGAUGCCCAGGGGAUUGAAGACGCGGUGGAGACACUUAUGCGUACUUCCCCAACUUCACUUCUUUUGUUUCUGUCUGUCUUUUUACCCCUCACUGAUAACAGUCACAAUUGCCCUCCAGCGCGGCUCGACGGGUUUUCUGGCGUCCAUUGGUCCACGCACGACCCGGAGGAAGUGGUCCGUGGUCUUCGCGGUGACCGCUGUCGCCAUGGUCCUGCUGGCUCUGACCAUCGCUGUCCCGCUGCUGCUCCUCCGCUCCCCGGAGACCUCCGCUCACUACUACGAGAUGAUGGGCACCUGCCGCAUGGUUUGUGACCCAUACAGCCCCAAACCGGGGGGAGCCACCGCCAUGGAGGUGAGCCAGAACGUGAACGGAGUCGCUCCGCUGCCGCCCAUGGCGCAAGGGACGCGCGGCGAGCAGGGUCGACCCGGGAAGCCCGGACCCAGGGGUCCACCGGGAGAGCCUGGACCCCCCGGACCGAGGGGACCACCGGGAGAGCGCGGGGACAAUAAACUGGCGUUCACAGCUUUAUCCGCAGCAGCAGGAGCCGGUGACACGGGCGAGGGGGACGGAGCGAACUCCACGGUGAGCGGCUACAGGAUCGCGUUUUACGUGGGUUUGAAGAACCCGCAUGAGGGAUAUGAGGUGCUGAAAUUUGACGACGUGAUCACAAACUUGGGAAACCACUACGACCAGAACACCGGGAAGUUCACCUGUCAUGUGUCCGGGAUCUACUUCUUCACCUACCAUGUGCUGAUGCGCGGAGGGGAUGGCACCAGCAUGUGGGCCGACCUGUGCAAGAACGGACAGGUCCGGGCCAGCGCCAUAGCCCAAGAUGCAGACCAGAACUAUGACUACGCCAGUAACAGUGCUGUGCUACAUUUGGACUCUGGAGAUGAGGUGUAUGUUAAACUGGAUGGCGGAAAAGCACAUGGAGGCAACAACAACAAGUACAGCACCUUCUCUGGCUUCAUCUUAUACCCUGAUUAAACCCUCCACAACAGGCGCUUUGGACUGAAAUUGUCUCAACUAAAGGUUAAUUAUGUUUUUUUUCUCGUCUUUUGCAUACCUGUUCAAGUUUACAGAGCUAUCUAAACCCUAUAUGUUGAAAAAAAAAAGAACUAAUUGAAAGAUUUUUGUAUAUGACAUUUAAUUUAACUGGAGUUUAGAUAGAGAUAGCUAUAAAACUGUGACUGAUAUCUCAGUGUGAGAAAACUCAUAUUCCAGGUGAUUUACGACACACCUUAAAGAACCCGGGAGGAAAUGUUCCUAGAGUAACGUCUUAAAACCAUUUGAGGAAAAUAACGACAGGCCUUAAAGAUUAUUGCCAUUUCACUGGUUGUUUAUAAGGCAGAUUGUGUAAUAACAGCAAUAUUUAAAAAGAAAUAUAACUAUAUUAAGAGGACUGUCGGUGAGGCUCUAUUGAGUGGCCUGUUCACAACACUGUAACUUAAAUUUUGGGGCAAAAUUACAGUUUUAAUGAGAUGAUUGACUAUGUAUGCAAAAAAAAUUAACAGUACUGACUUUUUUACAGAGUUCAAUCAAAACACCAGAAGACGUCUCCUUUAUUAUUUUAAUGCUUAGUUAUAUAAUUUCCCUGAGGGAUAUCAACACAAUAUUAAAUCAUUUGUUUUCCUUGUCAAAAGCAAUUUCUAAUUGAGUUAAAUUAGCUAGUAAGCUAAGUGCUAAUAUGCUAUAAUCUUCAGCAAGUUGAACAUUUAGGGAUUGAUUUUGUACAUAUGUAUUACUUAUGUAAGUGGAUCAAGCAAUAUUAUUUAAUGAAGGUAUAAUACAGCUUAUCAACGCUAUGCAUAACAAAUUACUUGCUGUUCCAGUAAAAGUUGUGUUUCUGUGUGAUAGUGACAUCAAAACCAUUAAAAAACAUUCCCAGAACAAAUUUGACUUAGCAAAUCAAAUUUGUUUCACUUUUCCGUUAGCUAUGCUGAAUCAGUCUUUGUUUUCCCAAUAUUGUUCACAUUUUAGUUUGUUUUUGAUCAAACUAAACUCAUUUUGCUCAGUAGAAAGCUUUGCAUUAGAGGAAGUUAUUUCACAAUUUUUGUACUGUGCUAUCAGCUAGCUAGUUAGCUGAAGAACUUGUAAUAAAUGCAAGAAAACAGACCAAGUGUUUUUUAAAAAGUAUCUUUACUGUUGAGUUUCCUCAUACCUUUAAACAUUUUCUGAAUCUUUUGUUUAUUUAAUAAUAUCAAAGCGUAAGUAAAUCAAAAAUGAGAAAAUCACUUUAAACUUGAAGUUUUGUUUCAUAAUGUUAAUCGAAAACAAAAUCAGAAACAGAAAGCUUCUGUGACUGAGCAGUGCUAGCAUGCUUAACAUGGCAGCAUAUUAGCUAAAUCAAUGCUGUGAAUUGAUUCAGCUAGUAGCUAAAUUAGCUAAAUCAAGUAGAAAAAUACUAAAGUAUAACAAAUGAUUUAGUGUUUUGUUAAAAUCCUUCAGCCAAAAUGUGUUAUUUAUAUUUUCAGCAACAAGUAAUUUGAUUUCUUUUAUUUUCAGUGGAAAGCAAGCAGGUCAUUAUAUAUGUAAGUUAAACAUUAUAGUGAUUUUCACAUCUUGAUGUGAAAAUUACUGUAAUGGUUAAUUCCUGUAUCAUGAUGUCAAUCAUAGCAUAUUAGAAUAAUCCUAACAAGUGCACCAUUUUUCCUCUGAUACAGUAAAACUUGAGGUCAGCAGUUGUUUAUUUUUCUGCUAGUCAGAAAGAUUAUGCAAAUCCUACUGAGCCAAAAUUUAUGAUAUGUGAUUUAAAGGUGAAACAUAAACAAAUGCGACUGUAAGUGACUGAAAAUAUUUCUUAUUUAAGUUUAACAAUAUGAUUCAGUAGACAUAUCAUGUGUGCAUGUGUGUUUUGGUAUUUCAGUAAUUAAUGCUGGAGGACAUAAAUCCCUUUUGCAGGAUAUUUGUAGAGGAGUUUUUCCUCCAUAGCAUGUGCUGGAAGGCUAGGAGGACUGAAUCUGGUGACAGUCAGCAUCGUUUUUGAGGAAUACUAAAAAGGCAAAAGCUGUGGACAAGCAUGCAGGUACUUUUAAAAACAAAGUAAGUCAACCCUCUAAAACCUUUUUACACUGUGUUGAAAUUUGGAAAUGGCACAGGAAAGCUUGAAGUCAGCCGAGUUAAUAUUCUGAAUGCAUCAAUACAAUACAAUGCAGGAAGUUCCAAAAGCUCCAAAUGGCAACUUGGAUUGCUGCAGCAUGCCAAACUGUGCUGAUUUGUGUAGUGGUCUGUGUUUAACAAAAUAACCAAUCACACUAAAAAACUGUUGUCAUGUUCUGUUCAUGGUUGUUUUGUUCUCAUAUAUACCAAUAAAUAAUUUU